AUGGGACAAACUUUAUCGGAACCUAUUACAGAUAAAAACACAAGCGAGGGCAAUGACAAGCGCGUAAUGUAUGGUGCUUCAUGUAUGCAAGGCUGGAGAACAAGCAUGGAGGACUCACAUACUACAAUUACAUCAUAUGCGGAUACCGGGGCAAGCUUCUUUGCUGUUUUUGAUGGGCACGGUGGCGAUGCUGUGGCCAAAUACAGUGGUACAGAACUCUAUAAGAAGAUUAUGGAAUCAGCAGCAUUUGAUAGAGGCCGAUAUAGAGAUGCUAUUCGAAUGGGUUAUUAUGGCAUUGAUGAGGAUCUGAAGAAAGAUGCUCGAUUUGAUAAUGAUAAUUCAGGUUGCACUGCAGUUGCCGCAUUGCUCACUAAAAGCAACGUCUUGUAUGUGAGCAAUGCAGGCGAUUCAAGAGCUGUCAUCAGCACCAAGGACGGUAGAGCGAUUCCUCUCACACAAGAUCACAAACCAAAGCACCCCAAAGAAGCGCAGCGUAUCAAAAAUGCAGGAGGUUAUGUUGAAAACGGUAGAGUAAAUGGAAGUUUGGCACUGUCAAGAGCACUUGGUGAUUUCAAUUUCAAAAAUAAUACCCAACUUACACCAGACCAUCAAGCAGUGACAGCUGAGCCUGAUAUCAUUGAACAUUUAUUGACAGAUCAUGAUGAAUUUGUGGUGUUGGCUUGUGAUGGUAUUUGGGAUUGUCUGACAAAUCAGCAGGUGGUUGAUUUUGUGCGCUGUAAAUUAUGCGAGCGCAUGUCGCUGGGGCCCAUUUGCGAGGAAUUGAUGGAUUACUGCUUGGCAGAACAGGGAAACAUGUCAGGCAUUGGAUGUGACAAUAUGACAGUUAUCAUUGUGGCAUUUCUGCGCAAGCGUAAGCCGCAGGAAUGGUAUGACUGGAUGGCCCAAAAGAUAAAACCUCAAAUGCCGGUUAAAAAAGCCAUUUUAUUAGCCUCCAAUGACGAUAAAAAAGCAACCACCACUACAUCUUCCACACCCACUACAUCGACGACGGCGACAACAACAGCUGCAGGAACAGCAAAAGUUCAAAUUGCAAAAUAA